AUGCUGCCGACAAUCCAUCAAUAUCUGUGUGGAGAAGAUGACUACAAGUUUUUGCCAUCUCAUUGGCGCAAUUCAACAUUCGCUACCCUACCACACGUCACCGAAUGCACCCAACAUGUCGAACUCAGCUGGGCGCCCUUCAUUUUUCUUCUAGUUUUUAGUCCUUCUCUCCUACUUGAUCUCUUCCGCAGCCAAAACGGAAAACUCCGAACGUUUACCCCGAUUACCCUACGGAUCUAUAUCUGCAUUGUCUUAGUGUUUGAUCUCACCAUUUCUCUACUCUACAACCUGGCAAAUGUUAUUAAAGAGGAACCGGACGCCGGAAUCUAUCUGUUUGGCGAUAUUCCGCAAUAUCUCGGAGCUUGUGCCGCAUUGGUGUUCCUUUAUGCAUCAAAAAACCGUGGACUUGUGACAUCAGGAGUCCUAUUUAAUUAUUGGCUACUGUGCUGCCUGUGUGGAUUUACGGAGUUCCGAUAUAUUAUCAGCCUGUGGUGGCAUGGGGUAGAAAGUCCGGCAAUCGAUCAGUUCCGGUUUUUCCUCUACGCUAUCGGCUAUCCGCUUUACAUAUUGGAAUUGAUUCUGUCCUGCUUUGCCGAUCUGCCGGAACGAAACUAUGGAGGGAUGCAAUCGUCAUUUCUCAGCCAAAUCACGUUCAACUGGUUCACACCCUUGGCACGGCUCGGCUACAAGAAGUCCUUGGACAAGGAUGAUCUCUGGAAUUUGAAUGAUCGGGAUAAGACCUGGACGCUGCUGCCAAACUUCAUGACUUACUUCCAACCCCAACACAAGGCCUACCAAGAAAAACGUCGAGCCGCCGGCAACUCCUUCGAGCUGAAGGAAAAAGAGUUCCCCUCCAUCCUGAAGCCGAUCUUCCAAACCUACAAGAUGACAUUUUUGGCUGCCGGGUUUUAUAAGCUGAUUUUCGAUCUGCUUCAAUUUGCCUCGCCUCAUCUUUUGAAGCAGCUAAUUACAUUCAUCCAGGACCACAAUCAACCUGUCUGGGUUGGUGUUGCAAUCGCCAUGACGAUGUUCAUUGUUGCACUGCUGCAAUCAAUGGUUCUCCACCAAUACUUCCACGACAUGUUCCGUCUUGGCAUGAACAUCCGCUCGGUUUUGACAUCAGCAGUCUAUAAGAAGGCGCUUCUCCUAUCCAACAACGCUAGGAAAAACCGAAACGUUGGAGAAAUUGUUAACUUGAUGACCGUGGAUAUCCAACGCGUUCAGGAUAUGACGACAUUCGUAAUGCUCUUCUGGUCUGCUCCUCUUCAAGUCACCCUUUCCAUCUACUUCCUCUGGCGUCUUCUCGGUUUCUCCGUCCUGGUCGGCGUGCUGAUCCUCAUCCUCAUGAUCCCCUUGAACAUCUGGAUCUCCAUGAAAAUGAGGACAUAUCAGCAAACGCAAAUGAAAUAUAAGGACGAGAGGUUGAAGAUGAUGUCUGAGAUUUUGAACGGCGUCAAGGUGUUGAAACUGUAUGCCUGGGAAAAGAGCAUGGAGCAGAUGGUUUUGGAGAUACGCAUGAAGGAGAUCCGCGUCUUGAAAGAGCUGGCUUUCCUGAACGCGGCGACAACGUUGUCCUGGAGCUGUGCGCCGUUUUUAGUCGCUGUUCUUACUUUCGGUGUCUACGUGACGGUGGACCCGGUGAACAACGUGCUAACUCCGCAAAUCACAUUCGUCGCCUUGACCCUGUUCAAUAUCAUGCGAUUCCCGUUGGCCAUCUUCGCCAUGAUUUAUACCCAAGCCCUUCAAUGUCACGUCUCAAACAAUCGUCUGAAAGGGUUCUUUGCCGAGCAGGAAAUGGAACCUCAGCUUCUUAAUGCCAAGGAUACUAGUGAAGAUGCCAUUCGAAUCGAUCAAGGAAACUUCACCUGGGAGUCAUCGGAGGAAAAUCCUUUGCUAAAGAAUUUGAGUCUAUCCAUUCCGCGUGGUUCUCUUGUCGCUAUCGUUGGAAAAGUCGGAUCCGGAAAGAGCAGUUUGUUCAGCGCCAUGCUAGGAGAAAUGAAUCGCGUUGGCGGCCACGUUGACAUAAUGGGAAAUAUUGCAUAUGUUCCGCAGCAAGCAUGGAUCCAGAAUAUGUCACUUCGAGACAACAUCCUAUUCAAUAAGCCGUUUGAUCGAGAAUUUUACGAUAGAGUCAUUGAAUGCUGCGCUCUAAAGCCCGAUCUAGCUACGUUGCCAGCUGAGGAUAUGACUGAAAUUGGUGAAAAGGGCAUCAAUCUCUCUGGUGGCCAAAAGCAACGCAUUUCACUGGCUCGUUCGGUGUAUUCUGGCGCUGACAUCCUCCUCCUUGAUGACCCCCUUUCCGCUGUUGAUGCACACGUCGGAAAACAUAUCUUCGAACAAGUCAUUUCAUCCGAUACUGGUGUUCUAAAGCAUACCACCCGAAUUUUAAUCACCCACGGCCUGCAUUUCCUGAAAUAUUGCGACCAAAUCGUGGUUAUGAAGGAUGGGCGAAUCUCGGAAAAGGGCUCAUACCAAGAACUGAUGAAAUCGCAAGGAGCGUUUGGAGAAUUUUUGGAAGAAUAUCUGGUCGAAGAGGCAAAGACCAGAGGCCGAUCUGUAUCUUUCGGAGAAGAUUCUGAGGACGUCAGCGAACUACUCAAUGAAAUCGAAAAAGUGGCGCCAGAGAAGAGGAAGCGGAUUGAGUCUCAAAUUAGUCAAGUCCAUUCAUCUACGGAGAGUUUGAACAAACAGCCACCAACUCCCAUCAAACGAAAGGUAUCUGUUGCUCCAUCGCUGUCGUCCCCAAAGGCGAAAGAAGAGCUUGGAAAAGCUGAAAAGGAAGAGGUUCCAUCAAAUGAUGAGAAGAAGGCGUUGUUGGAUAAAGAAGCCUCUCCGGUUAAAGGAAAGCUUGUUGAGAAAGAGGGAAUGGAGACUGGAAAGGUGAAAUGGACUGUUUACACUGUCUAUUUGGCGGCUAUUGGAUAUGGUAUCGCUGCGCUUUUCCUUGGAGUCUAUAUUUUCAGCAGUGUCCUUGGUGUAUUUUCCAAUCUGUGGCUCGCUAGAUGGUCUGACGAUGCUAAGAAAAUCCAGGGCGAUUCAAAUGGCGAAAACCAAACGAGAUACCGUCUAUUGGUGUAUGCUGGAUUGGGCGUUGGUCAAGCCUGCUCAAUCUGUGCCGCUUCCAUUAUUAUGGCUCUCGGUAUGGUGCGAGCUUCAAGGAUUUUGCAUGAAGGGUUCCUGGAAAAUAUCCUGCAUAGUCCAAUGAGCUUCUUCGAUACAACACCACUUGGUCGUAUUUUGAAUCGAUUCGGAAAGGAUAUCGAUAUGCUGGAUAGUCGUCUCCCAUCGAGCGUGCUGACUUUUGUCGGAGCCCUCGUGCAGGCGAUCGCCAUCGCUAUCGUCUCAUUCUACGCAACCCCUAGUGCUGCAUGGCCGUCGAUUGGGCUGCUCGUCCUCUAUCACUAUCUCAGGGAUGUGGAUGCGAUAGACGCCACCCUACCCCGCUCGUUGCUGUCCUUCACGCGAAUCGUUCUGAACGUGGCUGAAAUUCUGAUCGUACUCGGCUGGGCGAGCCCAAUCAUUAUCCCGUCCACCCUACCGCUUGCCGCUUUAUAUGCCCUGCUUUUGCGCUUCUAUGUAUCGACGUCUCGUCAACUAAAACGUUUGGAAUCGACGACACGCUCGCCGAUUUAUUCGCAUUUCCAAGAAUCGAUCCAAGGCGCUUCAUCAAUCCGAGCCUACAAUGUUGUCGACAAAUUCAUCCAAGAAUCUGCGACCAGGGUCGAUGAUAACUUGGCUACCUAUUAUCCGAGUAUUGUUGCUAAUCGCUGGCUAGCUGUUCGACUGGAACUGAUCGGAAAUAUGAUCGUGUUGUUUGCGGCUUUGUUCGCAGCCCUGUUCCGUGACACACCUGGCUUGACGGCCGGUCUGGUCGGAUUGUCGGUCUCUUAUGCUCUAAACAUUACGCAAACACUAAACUGGGCCGUCAGAAUGACCAGCGAGCUCGAGACUAACAUUGUGGCCGUUGAAAGGAUAAAGGAAUACACAGAAACACCUAGGGAAGGCAUGGAAUCAAAUGAAAUCCCGGAGGAAAAAGAUUGGCCACGCACUGGGGAGAUCAUCUUCAAGGAUCUGUCACUACGUUAUCGCUCCGGAUUGGACCUUGUUCUCUAUGAAGUCAAUGCAACCAUAAAACCAUCGGAAAAGAUUGGAAUUGUUGGAAGGACCGGGGCCGGAAAGUCGUCAUUGACGCUUGCACUCUUCCGUAUCAUUGAAGCAGAAAAGGGAAUAAUUCUCAUCGAUAAUGUCGAUAUUGCUAAACUGAAACUGGAGCGUCUCCGAUCUCGUUUGACUGUGGUUCCUCAAGAUCCAGUCUUGUUCUCCGGCACCCUGAGGAUGAACUUGGAUCCUUUCAAAACCUAUACGGACGCGGAAAUCUGGCAGGCACUUGACAACGCCCAUCUUGGUUCGUUUGUCGGUGAUUUGCAGGAGAAGCUUUCGCAUCAGAUCCAGGAAGGAGGUGGCAACUUGAGUGUGGGCCAGCGACAGCUGUUGUGCUUGGCAAGGGCGUUACUCAGAAAAACGAAGAUCCUGAUUCUGGAUGAAGCUGCAGCGGCAGUUGAUAUGGAAACCGAUGCACUUAUUCAGAAAACAAUCAAAGAGCAAUUCAGCGAGUGCACAGUGCUUACCAUCGCCCAUAGACUAAAUACGGUAAUGGAUUCGGACCGUUUAAUGGUCCUGGAACGAGGAUCAAUCGUUGAAUUUGAUGCUCCAAGGACAUUGCUUGAAAACAAGAAUGGCGUCUUCUAUUCAAUGGCUAAAGAUGCACAACUUGUC